UCCAUCUAGGGUUGCUUCCCAGGCCAUCACACGUUCAAUUAAGCAACAGUUUUUAAGUCCAUGGCCUACUUGGGGAGCAAUACCUGAUGACGACAGAAAGCCAUUCUGGCAGCGCUUUCAGAUGAAGGUGCAGUGGAAACCUGAACAUGAAAGUCAGAUACACAGAAAUUUCCACAUGAAAGCAUCUCAUCGGCUGUCAGAGAUGUUUAGGGAUGCCCGCAAUGCAGGACAGCGCCCUAACAGGCUGGGUGAACAAAUUUGGAACUCUUUACUGGCCCAUUGGAAUACAGUAGAGUUCCGCAAUAAGUGUGCCAAAGCCCAGCGGAACAGAGCAUCUGAAAGGGGUGGCACCCUGCAUACUGGUGGGUCGAUCACCAUUCAUGAGCAUGUCAUUCGUAUGGCACAGGCUCUAGGACGGGCGGUCCAUGUUGAUGAGGUCUUUGCACAGACUCAUGUUCGGAAGGGAACUAAUCAAUUUGUUGAUGAAAGAUCUCGCAAGACUCAUGUAAGCAAAUAACACUAUUACUAUUACUAAUUGUUCAUUUAUGUUAUACUGUCGUUCCCUGACAUUGCUUUUAAUGUUUCAACAGGAAGAAUUUUC